ACAAACCAUUUAAUUAAAGAAAAAUAGUGGGACCUGUUCAUCCACUUUGCCAUUCUUCAAGUUCCAACAUCUAAGGCCUUCAAUGGCAGUUAGUAGUAGUCAAAAGGGUAUAAAGACCCCAACCUCAACGAUAACAGACACAAAAAACAAGGGCUUCAAAACCAUGGGUUUGGUAGAGAGAGUUGUGGCUUUGUUCAUAGUUAUGGCAAUUCUGCAGGUUUCAGAUGCAGCUGUGUACAAGGUUGGGGACUCUGCUGGUUGGACUACGCUUGGAAAGAUAGACUACAAGAAGUGGGCUGCUACCAAGAACUUCCAAAUUGGUGACACUAUCAUAUUUGAAUACAAUGACAAAUUCCACAAUGUGAUGCGAGUGACGCAUGCCAUGUACAAGUCAUGCAAUGCAUCAUCCCCUAUUGCAACCUUCACCACCGGCAAUGACUCCAUUGAUAUAAGCACUCACGGCCACCACUUCUUCUUCUGCGGCGUUCCUGGCCACUGUGAAGCUGGACAGAAGGUUGAUAUAAACGUGCUCAAGGUUUCUGCUGAUGCACCUACUCCAUCAGCUUUGGCCUCUCCAACAUUUCAAGCUUCCAAUGGACCAGCACCUUCUCCUAGCAACGCUAAUCCAUUGAUUGCUCUAAAGGGAGCUUUUUCUAUGAUGAGUUUGGCCAUGCCAAUAGUCCUAUUACUUGCUUUCUCUAGCUAUGUUUAAUAACAAAGUUUUAUGCUUAGUUUGCUUUAUGAACUUUCGGUCUUCUGCAGCCUA